AUGUCGGCGUUACAGCGCUCGCGAUCAAUUCGAAAACCUUCUUCCACCACCACAACAGCCACUAACACCCCGAGUCCCUCAGAUGGCUCACCGAGUCGUCUCCCCGUAAAGCCUCUGACACGAAGUGCAACAGCAUCCACCAGCAAUGCGAGGACUUUGAGGAGUGGAGCAACAGGUCUCUCGAGAACGACUUCAGUCAGACAACCGGCCAAAUCUGCAGCCCCUGAACCCGUGAAGAGAGAGACUCGAUAUCCUCCGUCAACAACAACUACCAGGACGAGACCAGCGGUGAGACCAACCUCGGCAGAUGGAUCGUCGCAAGUUACGAGAAAGGCCCCAGCCCCUACGCAUACUCGUGCUAAGAGCACAGCUACUGCAUUGAAAAGCACCCCUGUCUUGCGACCGCCUUCGUCGGGUUCAUCGGCUAGCAGCACUACUACUACAACCACAAGUCGCACACGCUCGUCGACAACAGCCAACGCCGAGAAGACGUCGGGCGCUGCGCCUCGCCUCCGACCGGCCUUCUCAACACUCCAACAGCACUACUCACCCGCAAAAUCCUCAGCGCCUAAGCCUCUGACAUCGACGUUCCUCGCACCUCCUUCACCAUCCAAACUACCCGCCAACGUCGCUGCAUCCGCCGAGACAAGCAGGCUACAGACGGAGCUAUUGCAGUUGCAUAUCCUACAUCGAGACGCACCCACCGUAGACGCUGCAUGGAGAGCCAGUGCCCAGCGCAAGCUCGGAGAUCGAUUCUCACAAGUAACUACUGCUAGCAAAGAAGUUGACGACCAGGAAAAGGCCGAGGUGGAGAGGGAGAAUGUCCUUGCUCUUCGCAAAUGGGCCGUUGGCGGUGGUCUGGAGGAGCGCAUACAGAUAUUGGACUCAGCUAUGAACGGUCUCUGGGCUUUGGAGGAACCCGGUGGUCGAUACGCAAGGGUUGUUAGGCGCUUCGAGCGAUGGGUCGAGCGCAUGUGCGAAAUUGAAGAGGCGCGCCGUGAGGGUGGUGCUUUACUACAGGAGAGCGAUGUGCUAUUCAUUGGGGAACUCGAUUCUGCCUGGAAAGAUGAAUGCACUGGUUUGGUUCGACGAUUGGACACCUUGAAGAGACAGCUCGACCAACUGGGAGACUUCGCUCACGACAACGAAGGAGAUGCAGAUAACACAGAACGAUCAAGUCUGCAACGCAUGGUGGAAGGAUCGCGAGAACUGGUUCACGGAAUGUUGACGGAGUUGAAUGUAAUGGAAGACAUCGAGCGCGAUGCGCUAUCGCGAGAGGACGAGUGGAUUGAGAAGAUGAACCGAGAUGAGGAUAUAGAUGAUACCCCAAGAGCUGGAGCGGUUUGGAGAGUCGUGUAA